GCAGAAGAGCAACUUCAAUAUGGCGGCUGCAAACGAGAAUGGCAAUGGUCAAAGCUUCGAGGAUCUGCUGGAUAAUGAAGGCACUACUGCUGGUGCCCUUGUUCUGACGGCAUUUAUGACCACAGCAACCCAACCACUGACAUGUGUUAGGCUUCUAAUGCAGGUUGGUCAUGAACCAAUUCCUCCAACUCCAUCAAAAACAUUCUUAGGAACCAAGGUGUUACGACUACCAAGCUUUUUUCAAUAUGCAAACCAUGUUAAGAAGCUCAAUGGCUGGAGUGGAUUGUACAGGGGUUUAUUACCAAGGGUCUACUCAUCCAUGAUUGGAACUCUUGUGAACAAUACAAUUCUACAGGCAAUGGGUACAAAAGAUAAUGCUCUUGUCCCUCUUGUACACCCAGAAAAUAAGGUUGGCUAAAUUUUUUUCGGUACUAUAAUGAUUUAAUUUAGGGCCCUCCAUCCAAUAAGUGCCCCCACAGCCCAUAGAGUGCCCUUUUUUGGUAAGCGCCACUAUUCCAAUAAUCACCCCCUUCUGGUAAGGGCUCCAAAAGCAAAAGUGACAUUCAAGAAAUUGACAAAGAAUAGCUUAAAACUGAUUAUUAAUAGACUCGUUGUG